AUGGCCUCACCGGAACAAAUGCAGACUGCAGCCGGCCAAACCCGCCUGGUCCGGCACUUUGCAGGACAAUCAAUCGACCAGCAUACAGACGGCUGGGCCCAGCUCUGGGACACGGACAACAGUGACCUCUGGGACCGAGGCAAGCCGUCCCCGGCGCUGAUCGAUCUCGUCGAAGAGCGCCGCGAUCUAGUAUCCCCUGUUAGAGCCGAUGGAAGUCGGAAGACGGCUCUGGUGCCGGGCUGCGGCAAAGGCUACGACGUCGUCAUGCUCGCGCUGCACGGCUUCGACGCCUACGGGCUCGAGGUCUCCGCCACUGGUGUGUCUGUCGCGAAGCAAUACGCUGAGAGCGAGCUCGCGAGUCCGCAAGCGUACAACCGCGGCGCAGCUUGGGUUGAUUGUCAACCUGGGAAGGUGGAGUUCAUCCAGGGAGAUUUUUUCAAGCGGGAUUGGGAGAAGCCUGGUUUGAAGUUCGAUUUGAUCUAUGAUUAUACGUUCCUCUGCGCACUCCACCCCAGCAUGCGCUCCCAAUGGGCCGCCCGGAUGGCCGACCUCCUGAUCCCCGGGGGUCAGCUUAUCUGUCUUGAGUUCCCGCUGUGGAAGGAUCCUAGUCUCCCUGGACCACCCUGGGGACUAACGGGGGUACACUGGAAUCUCCUCGCCGAGGGCGGCAACGGCAUCGUAAAUUCGGACGGAGCCAACGACGAGUCUGCGGGCCAGAACGGCUUGUUUACACGGACCUUUUAUAUGAAACCCGCGCGGUCGUACGAAAACGGGCGCGGAACUGAUAUGUUGAGCAUAUAUACACGCAAAUAG